GCCAAGACCCAAAGCCAGUCUGUCCUUUCGGUGGCUGCCACUGCCACUGCUACUGGUAACUUAUUGCUGUUGCUACUGCUGCUGCCACCUCCCAAAAAAGCAUCCGCCGUUUGCCAUCAUCGAGGUUUCAUGCUCACCAAACCUCCAUAACUCACCCUCUCGUGAAGACAAGAGACUACAGCAGCGACAAUGGCAGUCGCGGCAGAGUCACCUUCACCUUUCCAGGUCCUUGCUGGUCUGGGCCAAAAUACGAGCACCAAGACUCUGCUACGAGUCCUCAUUCUCGGCUUGAUCGCAGCAGCCGCUGUAGCUAGUCGUCUAUUCUCAGUCAUUCGUUUCGAAAGCAUCAUCCACGAAUUCGAUCCUUGGUUCAACUUCAGAGCUACCAAAUAUCUCGUCGCAAAUGGUUUCUACAACUUCUGGGAUUGGUUCGAUGACCGAACCUGGCAUCCGCUGGGACGGGUUACUGGCGGUACCUUGUAUCCUGGCCUCAUGGUCACCAGUGGUGCCAUCUACCACCUGCUUCGACUCUUGACCAUCCCCGUCGACAUCCGGAACAUCUGUGUUCUUCUCGCUCCGGCUUGCUCGGGUUUGACGGCAUACGCGGCUUACCUUCUCACCAACGAGAUGACCACGUCACCCUCGGCCGGUCUCUUGGCUGCCGUUUUCAUGGGCAUUGCACCCGGUUAUAUCUCUCGAUCCGUCGCCGGCUCCUACGAUAACGAGGCCAUUGCCAUCUUCCUCCUUGUCUUCACCUUCUUCCUCUGGAUCAAGGCCCUGAAGCUUGGCUCCGUCAUGUGGGGUGCGCUGUGCGCUCUCUUCUAUGGAUACAUGGUUGCCUCCUGGGGCGGUUACGCCUUCAUCACUUGCUUGGUCCCUCUGCACUCGUUCGUCUUGAUCUGCAUGGGUCGAUACAGCAGCAGACUCUACGUCGCUUACACCACUUGGUACGCCCUGGGUGUCAUUGCUGCCAUGCAGAUUCCUUUCGUUGGAUUCCUGCCUGUUCAGACCAGUGAGCACAUGCCGGCUUUGGGUGUCUUUGGUUUCCUUCAGCUUGUGGCCUUUCUCAACUACGUCAAGGGUGCACUUCCCAGCCGUCAGUACCAGACCUUUAUGUAUGUGGGAGCGGGUGGAAUCUUCGCUGUUGGUCUUCUCGGGCUUGUCGCCCUGACCUCCGCCGGCUACAUCGCCCCCUGGUCCGGUCGAUUUUACUCUCUUUGGGAUACUGGUUAUGCCAAGAUUCAUAUCCCGAUCAUCGCAUCCGUAUCUGAGCAUCAGCCCACCGCCUGGCCUGCUUUCUUCUUCGAUCUCAACAUGCUCAUCUGGUUGUUCCCAGCCGGUGUCUACCUCUGCUUCCAGAAGCUUGAAGAUCAACACGUCUUCGUUGUCGUGUAUGCUGCCUUUGGAAGCUACUUCGCUGGAGUCAUGGUCCGAUUGAUGCUUACUCUCACCCCUAUCGUCUGUGUUGCAGCCGCCAUGGCUGUCUCCCAACUGCUCGACACUUACUUGGUAACAAAGUCUCCCGAGCCUGUUGAGCAAGCUUCCGAGGAUGCUGCCGAUGCGCCCGCCAAGAAGACCAAGGAGACCAAGGAGACCAAGGGCGGUCUGCGUAUCACGACCACUCCGUACAUUGGCAUCUACGGUGUCGCUUCCAAGGCUGUUGUGGCUAUCGCCACGACCGUCUACUUGCUGCUUUUCGUUCUUCACUGUACUUGGGUUACAUCCAACGCGUACUCUAGUCCCUCUGUUGUUCUUGCUAGCAAGAUGCCCGACGGUAGCCAGCAUAUCAUUGAUGACUACCGUGAGGCUUACCAGUGGCUUCGCCAGAACACCAAGGAGGACGCCAAGAUCAUGUCGUGGUGGGAUUAUGGCUAUCAAAUUGGUGGCAUGGCUGACCGUCCUACUUUGGUCGACAACAACACCUGGAACAACACUCACAUCGCUACUGUUGGCAAAGCCAUGAGCUCUCGUGAGGAGGUCAGCUAUCCCAUCAUGCGCCAGCAUGAAGUUGAUUAUGUCUUGGUUGUCUUUGGAGGUCUCCUCGGCUACUCUGGAGACGAUAUCAACAAGUUCCUCUGGAUGGUCCGUAUCGCAGAAGGUAUCUGGCCCGAUGAGGUGAAGGAGCGCGACUUCUUCACUGCGCGUGGCGAAUACCGUGUCGAUGGUGAGGCUACUGAGACCAUGAAGAACAGCUUGAUGUACAAGAUGUCCUACUACAACUACAACUCGCUCUUCCCUCCCGGACAGGCUACGGACCGCGUCCGAGGUGCAAAACUUCCAGAUGUGGGCCCAGUCCUCAACACUGUUGAAGAGGCCUUCACCAGUGAGAACUGGAUCAUCCGUAUCUACAAGGUCAAGGACCUUGACAACGUUGGUCGUGACCAUGCCGCUGCCUCAUCAUUUGAGAGGGGCCACAAGAAGAAGAAGGCCACCAAGAAGCGAGGCCCUAGGGUCUUGAGAGUAGAUUAGCUCUGUCAGUGAUGUUUGAUAGACGACUUAAGCCAAUUAUUCCGGCGAGUUCUUAGAUCUUGAAAUUAUGGCUGGGAAAAGCCAACUGGUAGGCAUGUAUGUGUAGCAAAAAGCUCUGUGAAAUAUAUUUUCUUGCAUGACAA